AGAUUCGGGUCACAUCCUGUUUCUCCCCAGCUGGAGGAAAUAACAAAACAACGAGACUUUUCAUUGUUCUCAUCUUUAAAAUACGCUACGGAUAUAUCGGUAUGAUGUGAAACAUUAAUAAAUUCAAUCUGUAUUAGCCAACUUAUUCGACAGGAAACUGUUAGAUUGGGAUCAGAUAUUAUCUUCGUUCUGUUAGCUUGUUAGCUAGCCAGCAAGCUAGUCAUUGCUUUCUAACGGACGAUUUUUCCAAUCCAAUGUAGCCAACAAUCUAGCACGCUAGCUAGCUAUAACAUAGCCGCAGUUCAACCAAAGUUGAGAAGAUGGCUAGGAUUUCACUUAAUUACAUUCUGAUGUGCGGGCAAGUUCUCUUGCUACUGUCAGUGUUGCUUUUGCAAUGUUUGGAAGGAAUAUACUCCCAGAAUUCAUCAGACUCACCCGGACAGAGGGCAACAACAGCUGCAUUCAGUGCCAGUGAGCAGCCACAAGAUAACGUGACGACGUAUCACAUCAUACCAGUUGAACGCGUGAAUUAUACAGAACUGUAUGAAUACAGGCCUCCGUCACCAGUUGUCCUCUGCAGCUAUCUACCAGAGGAGUUCAUCCACUGUCAAGAUCCAGUGGACCAUGCACAGAAUUCCACUGCCAUUCUGGAGAUGGGACACGGUUGUUGGAAGUUUGGGGGGCAGGUACACAAAGACGUGAAUCACACACCAGUCAUCUGCACGGCACUGGAUGACAUUGAAUGUGCUGGACCCAGGGAGUUCCUGAGAGGGAAUGAGCCGUGCAUCAAAUACACUGGCCACUAUUUCAUCACCACCCUGCUGUACUCGUUCUUCCUGGGUUGCUUUGGAGUGGACAGGUUCUGCCUGGGGCAUACAGGCACAGCCGUGGGCAAGCUGCUGACCCUAGGAGGCCUUGGCAUCUGGUGGUUCGUGGACCUCAUCCUCCUCAUCACCGGAGGCCUCAUGCCCAGUGACAACAGCAACUGGUGUACCUUCUACUGAGACCAGAGAGCAUGGGUUGAAGACCUUUCAAAGGCAUACUUCGAGAUUUUGGCAAUGCUGCCCUUUAUCCCCUUCCUCAGAGUCAGAUGAACUUGAGGAUACCAUUUUUAUGUCUCUGUGUCCAAUAUGAAGGAAGUCAGAGGUAGUUCUGCGAGCCAAUGCUAACUAGCAUUAGCACAAUGACUGGAAGUCUAUGGUUAUCUACUAGCAUGUUAGCAUUGGCUUGCAAAACUACCUCUGACUUCCUUCAUACUGAACACAGACAUAAAAAUGGUAUCCACAAGUAUAUCUGACUCUGAGGAAGUAGAUAAAGGGCCUUAUUGCAAAAUCCCAAAGUAUCCCUUUAAGGUGGGUUUGCAUUGUGGAGAUGCGGGACGACUAAGUAUCAUAGCUUGUAUGUGAAUUACAGGUCAGAGCAGUCUGACCACGUGUCAGAGGCCUUUAUCUCCGAUUCUCCUAGGGAAUCAUGUCACCUGACGGGGUAUCACUUUAUGCUUGCGCACGCCAUAGAUGGCAAUUAUUCGCUUGUCUGCUGUUUCCGCAAUUUAAAUCCAGCUUUAGUCUUUCAUCAGUCUUACGUCUCUCAUCAUGGGAUAACAAGAGGAGUAUUUGUGAAAGAUGUGUGGUGUGGACCAGGGGCGUGGUUGGCAUGUUGCUGGUGUAGGUUUUAUUUUGUUGUAAAGGUUAGAGCACUGAACUGUUGAAGCAAAGGAAAUGGGUUGUUGCUAUGUUAUCUAUAUGAAAGCUUAAAUCUAGGCUAUAAGUUUCAUUAUGCGAUUUAUGCGUGCACAAACUGCACAACAUCUGAGGCGUUACCAUGUCUGACCAUCUGAUGAGGAGUCUAAAAACAUUUGUGUUCUAUCCAAUCACUGAAGCUUUGUAAUGGCGUAUGAAUCAACCAUUUGAGCUAUUCAGUAUUUGUCACAUAAUUUUUCAUACUGUGGUCUUUUCCAAGUCUCAUCAAACCAUUGUUGUGUUAUAGGAUUGAAUUCCACUCUUGAUUCCUAAUAAUUUACCCCACUUAACUAAAGCCCAAAUUUCACAUUUGACAUUAUAUGUACAUAGUACUUGUAUACAUAUUGUUAUUUUGGCCUCACCUUUUAGCUUUUGUACUGGUUGCAGGGUUAUAGAGAUUACAUCUCACCUACAGAUACUGCUCACAUAGCUUACUCCACAUUUAGUUCUGAUUUAGUGUUCGAAAUGAAAACAUUUAGACGGAGUAAUGCUGUAUGUACCCUCAAUUCUGUGAUUGUUUUUUAUUAUUUUGUUAUGCAUUGAAAUGUUUAACUUUAUUUUCCCUAUGUCCUUUCAAUAUAGGAAAAAUGUGAAAUGACAGUCUUCUGUAAAUAUGGUCAAAAGUCUACCGGUUAAUUUUAUGGUAUGUGUCUUGCAAAACUAUGUAAAAUGACAGGUUGAGAAAAACGGAAGCAGGAACGCAAACUGUCUGUGUGUGCUAUCCCUGCACAUCAAGUAUUUGUGGUUCAAUAAAAUGUUUGUCAAGGUUG